AUGGAUGUCGUUUUGGACUAUGCUGAUUACUACAUCCUGACCCCAUAUGUCUAUCCAAAAACAUGGAGGGAAAACGACCCCUGGCGCCAGAUUGUGUCCCUAUUGUUGGUUGCAAACAUUGGAGGAUACCUCUUGUACUUCAUUGUGGCAUCGUUGAAUUACUUUUUAAUAUUUGACAGACGGCUUUUAAAGCAUUCUCAAGUUCUGGAGAAUCAAGUGCAACAAGAAAUAAUGUGUACGGUGAAAUCAAUUCCUUUUAUGAGCAUCCCAACGGUUGCUAUGUUCUUUCUGGAGGUCAGAGGUUACAGCAAACUUUAUGAUAAUGUUGGAGACACAAAACUUGGUUAUGCCGGGGUCUUGAUCAGCAUGUUCUUAUUUAUUGCUUUCACGGACAUGUGCAUCUACUGGAUUCAUCGCUUCCUCCACCACAAGUUUGUCUACAAACACUUGCACAAGCUGCACCACAAAUGGAAGAUCCCAACUCCUUUUGCCAGCCAUGCAUUUCACCCUCUGGAUGGAUUUCUGCAGAGCCUGCCAUAUCACAUCUACCCAUUUUUGUUUCCUCUACACAAGAUCACAUACCUGGGACUGUUUGUAUUUGUGAACAUGUGGACAGUUUCAAUUCACGACGGAGACUACAGAGUCCCUGAUCUGCUCAAGGAUGUCGUCAACGGCAGUGCCCACCACAUGGACCACCACAUCUUCUACAACUACAACUACGGCCAGUUUUUCACCCUGUGGGACCGGAUAGGCGGAUCUUUUAGAAAUCCAAGUUCUUUUGAAGGCUGCGGCCCGAUGGAUCAAAUAUUGGCUAAAGAAAAAGAAUUAGCUAAAGGGGUAAAUGGUUCAGCAGGGGCAACUACAAACCACAACGGCAAGAAACUAAAUUAA